UUCUUUCGAACCCGCAACCUCACAGACCUAAUAUCCACACCGCAUGUCUUAUUGCUUCUUCACUACUGCUUGAUUCAAUAUACAGAUGUUCAGUGAAGAAGAUAUGAGCGGUAGAACGAAGCCGAGGAUGUCGGUCUUUUUGGGUCGGUCUUCCUCGGCCGCCGCGCCGUGCCUCGAGACCACGUCGAGGUUCGUCUCGCGCUGCCUGUCGUCGUCCACCAGGAUCCACAUCAUGGCCCUGGACGGCAUCGUCAACGUCAACUCCCUCUUCACCGUCGCCCUCUUCCUCGGCCUCGCCGCCUCCCCUGCUGAUCCGAGGGCCGCCCACCAGCUCUUUGGGGACAGCGCCUCCUGCAGGCCCGGCACCGCUGUGGCGGAGGGCCUUGUCGCCUUCCACGUGUACUCCUUCAGCUCCUUCCUCUUCUCGAGCCUCGUCGCUCUGGGUCUCAAGCAGGCCAUCAAGAUCAGCAGCGCCGCCGAAGAGCAGGGAGGAGAGGGGGACUGCGGCGACGGUGAGGAGGCGCAUGGCGGGGCGGCGACGGGGCAUGUGAACACGGCAGCCUUUAGGGCGGGGAUGGCGGUGUCGGCGCUGGGGUCGGUGGCCGGGUCGGGGUUCUUGAUGAUGGCGCUGGUGAACCUGGUGCAGAUGAAGUUGGGGACUUUGGGAUGCGGGGAGAGCGGGCACAGUGUGGCUGCAGUCGUGCCGUUGGUGGUCUUGGUCCCUCUGGGUUUGGUCGUUUACUUGUGUCUUGCGAUUUAUGCGUUUACGCUGUAGUCGUGGAAAGCACAAAAAGAAGAAGAAGAAGAAGAAGAAGAAGAAGAGAGA